UAAUCUUACAGACUCUGCCACCAUACACAUUGCCUGAGCUUUGCCGCGUUCCCUUGAGCCAAGUGGUACUGAAGACGAAGGUGCUUGACAUGGGUGAACCUCAUGCACUUCUGGCGUUGGCUCUUGACCCUCCAAAUCUGGCUGAUAUACAUCGGACUAUUUUAACACUGAAACAGAUGGGUGCCCUUAGUAUCUUAUCCUAUAGUCAGAAGUCUUCCUUAGAUGGUCACUUAACUUACUUGGGUCGAGUGGUGGCACAUCUUCCUGUGGAUCCUCAUCUGGCAAAACUCAUAGUAAUGGGUUAUCUGUUUGGCUGUCUCAGGGAAUGUAUAGUUAUUGGUAAGUAUGACAUAUUUGGCUUGAAGCUUCAAGGACAGCAUCAUCUUGAUCAAAGAAAUUAA